AUGCUUGUAGCAACGGUGUGUAUGCUUAAUCAAUCAAGGCAACACCGCCGUAGUCGUGCCCCGAUUGUGGACAGACAUAGGGAGUCUCAGGGUAAGAAUCUCUUGGAAGAUUACUUUAUCUCAAAUUCGUUAUGUCAUAAGUAUGAUGCUGUUGGAGUUUUGGGUUUUCUCUCGGAGCAAAAACUUACAGCUGCUUUGUGGAUGCUUACUUAUGAGGCAUCUGUAGAGCAGGUGGAUAAUAUUGCAAGGAUGGAAAAAUCAACUAUCCUAGAGUGCUUAGUGAGAUUCUGUGAUGCAGUAGAAAAUUUGUACACAAGGGAGUACCUUCGCAAACCUACGCCUAGGGACCUACAAAGGCUUCGACAAAAAGUUGAGGCUUGA